AUGUUGAAUGAUUGCCAGAGCAUGGAUGAGACGUAUGCGAUGAGGACGACAAGAGAAGGAAAAGGAGCCGCGACGAACGCAGUAGAAGUUGCAGUCCGGCAAUACGACGACCAGAUGAGCCGAUUGAACGGGGAUGUUCUGAUCAGCGAGCAAGAGCUGAUCGAGGGAGACCAGAAAUUUCGGAAGGAGGCAGUCGAUUCCUUCUCGAAGGCGGGAUCUCCAUGGCCUCAAUAUACUGCGAAAUUCAAGGAUGAGCUGGAAAAACGCCUGGCAUCGCGGUACGAAAUCUACAUAAAUGAAAGGGAUGCUAGAGAAAAAUCGGCGGAAAUAAUUGCGGGGAAUGCUGUGGAAUCGGCUGUGUCUCGAUACGACAUCCAGCUGAGCGAGUUGUACGGUGGAGCCCCGAACGACGAGGAGGAGCUGAGGAAUCGACUCGCAGGAUGCCGACGCGAGGCGGUUGCGACUUUCUUGGAGAGCGGAACGCGAUGGCCACAUCUAUCGGAGAAACACAAGGGCGACUUGGAGAAGGUAGGCGAUGCUCCCAUCUCUACGCGGCGUGACGAUCGCUUCUUCGAUGGAGAGGAACUCCUGCUCCCCCAGCGCCUCGAUGAAAGGCAGGAGACGAGGACGCGGGAUGCCAGAGAACUUUUGAACGCAUCGGAAGCCUCCGUGAAGCAAUACGACGAUCGGAUGAGUCGGCUGAGUGGGGGCCAUCUCAUCGCCGAGCGAGAUCUGGCCGACGGAGACGAAAAAUUCCGGAAGGAAGCGAUCGAAAGCUUCUCAAAGACGGGACCUCUGUGGCCUCAACUUUCGAAGAAGCUCAUGAGCAACUUGGAAAAACGUCUCCAAGCCGGGUUCGAACUUUACACGAAAGAAAGGCAUGCAAGCGAGAGAGCUGCGGAAAUGACGCUGAGAAACGCCGCGGCGGCAGCCGCCGGUCGAUACGACGUCCAGCUGAGCCGAUUGUGCGACGGGGCAACGAGCGGCGAGGAGGAAUUGAGAAGCAAAAACGCGGAAUAUCGCAGUCAGGCGCUCGCAGCGUUUUCGGCGAGCGGAGCCCAGUGCCCGCACCUAUCCGCGAAGUUCAAGGACGAGCUCGAGAAGCGCCUGGACGACCGGUACGAGACGCGGACGAGAGACGCGAGAGAAGUUCUGAACGCCGUGGAUGCCGCGGCGAGGCAAUACGGCGGGCAGAUGGAGCGACUGCGUCACGGACCCUUCAUGCGCGAGCAGGAGUUGAACGACGCGCAUCAGAGGCAUCGCAGGCAAGCGCUCGACUCUUUCGCGAAGAAAACAAAACAAUACCCUAGUCUGGCGAAGAAAUAUCAGGACCGACUCGAAAAGGUGACGUCGCCGAGGAAAGGACGGGAGCGGACGUGUCGUCGAGAAACGACACCUCCAUGGUGUCGGAUGUCGUCGCACCGUCCCCUCCCGUUCUCUCCUUUCCUCGUACUCGAAGCUCAUCCCGAGGAACGUUCCUCUCCAGAUUUCACCGAAAACGAAAUUCUCCGCCCACAGCUCGUCGUCGAGGAGUUCUCGAAGCACCGGAAACACCGGGACGCCCUCGAGAGAGGCGCGGAAGACUCGCUCGCCCUCGCCGUCGAUUCCGCCGCGAGGGGAUACGCCGCCCAGAUGACCCGCCUGGUGGCGGGACCCGCGAUCGUCGCCGAGCACAAGCUGCGGAACGGACACCUGGAGCAUUCCAAGCAAGCCUUGCGUGCCGUGUCGGAGGCGGGGAGGAAGUUUCCCCACCUUUCCAAGAAACACGCGGACGACUUGACCCAGCGCCUAGCAAUCCAGUACGAGAAAUACGCGAAAGAAAGAGAUGCCAGGGAGAAAGAAGCGGAAACGAAGCUGCAGAACGCCGUGGAACGAGCCGCGAACGAGCACGACGCCCGGCUGAGCCGAUGGUGUGAGGAGGCCCUCGUCGGGGAGGAGGCCCUCGCCAGCGAGGAGGCUCUCAAGAAGUGGCACCAGGAAUGUCGCAAGAGAGCGAUUGCGUCGUUUUCGGAGGACGCAGCGCAAUGCCCGCAACUUUCUGGUAAAUUUAAGGACGAGCUAGAAAAUUGCUUGGAUGAAAAUUACGAUAUGCGGACAAGGCGAUUCGGGGAACUUCUACACGCGAUGGAAACCGCAGUGAAGCAAUACGACGAUGGGAUGAGUCGCUGGAGAGCAGGCCAUCUCAUCGGCGAGCAGGACCUCGUCCGCGAAGACGAAAAACUCCGGAAGGAAGCGAUCGAUGCCUUCUCGAAGGUGGAAUCGCAGUGGCCGCAACUUUCGACGAAACUGACGGAGGAGUUAAAAAAACGCCUGAAAGCAGGGAGCGAACUCUACCUGCAAGAGAGGGAUGCAAGAGAGACAGCGGCGGCGAUGAAGCUGAGGAACGCAAUGGUGUCGAUAGCCUCCCAAUACGACAUCCAAUUGAGGAAAUCGUGCGAAGAGAACUACAUCAGUGAGGAGGAGCUGAUGAGGAGAAACGCGGAGUAUCGAAGGCAGGCUCUUGCCGCCUUCAUGAAGAACGCAGUGCGGUGGCCGCACCUGUCCAACAGAUUCGAAGACGAGAUGGAAAAGCACCUGGACGAGAAGUACGAGACGAGCACGAGAGACGCAAGAGUGCUGAUGAACGCAGUGGAAGCCGCCGUCCAGCAUUACGGCAGCCUGAUGGAACAGCUGUGCGAAGUCUAUCACGCCGGCGCUGUGAAGGGAGAGGGAGUCGAAGUGUCCGUCGUCGAUGCUUUCCUCGACCGUGGACACGAACAAAGUAGGAAGCAAGCUACUGGAGCCUUUUCGAAGAAAGCGGAAGAAUAUCAUCACAGCCUUUCCAAUAAAUAUCUGGACCAACUGGAAAAGAUCAUCGGCGACGAUUUCGAGAAGCACAAGGGACUCCGAGACGUCGAGUCCGCUGUCGCCCGAUACAACGGUCAGAUGACGGAACUGCUGGCCUCGAUCACCAGCCGGCAGGAGCUGCAGAACGAGCACGCCAGGCACUGCGGGGAGGCCUUGGGGGCCCUGUCGGAGAGGGGGAAGCGCGAUCCCCGUUCCCUAACGAAGAACCUGGUCAAGUUGGAGCAGGCGAGUUGA